GCGGUCGGGGCGGGGGCGGGGCGGGCGCGGCGCUGCGCCCGCGUGGGCCGCGUGGGGCGCAGAGUGGCCGGAGUUGACGUCGCACCCGCACCCGCGCAUGGGCAGACUUGAAAAAGUCGGGGCCGCGGGGCUGGCCCGCGGGCCACCCCCUGCCUCUGCUCGCGUGGGGCGCGCCGCCGGCCCGCACCCGCACCCGCCUCCGCUGCGCGCGGCCUCCGUGAGGCGUUACGAGAGCUGGCGUCGGCGGCCGAGCUUGGCCGGAGCAGCAGCUGCCCUGCGCGGCACCACUACAACAGCGUUGGGCAACCUCCUCAGAACACUUCACAGUGAGAAACUCAUAAACACAGCAUUUAGGCCUACUAUGGCUUCGUUGUAUCCCUAUACAUUGGUACUCUCCGGCGAGGGAGAUGAUCCCUCUCCCCUCCGUCAGUUAAUACCUGCCUUUCGUGAUGCCUAUGAAUUGCUAUGUGCUUCACGGCUUAGAUAUAGACACGCCUUGCAGGACCGGAUAUUCUAUCAAGAGUUUCGUGCCAGUGGCCAGCCCAACUUGGCCCUCUUUUACCGCAGCUACAUUCCUCCAAUCACCCCUGAGCAUUACACUUGCGUUGGACUCGCGUUAGAACUUCUGUGCAGGCUCGCCAACCUUGAGCCUCGCUUCCCAGGCAUCUCAUCUUGCCUUUAUCUUGUAUCCUCUGAAGAAUCCAUUGAAGAACUGGAAGAAUAUGUAAAUCGUGAACCAAAUCCCAGAACAACUGAGAAGGAACAUGUCAUGGUGGCCAUGCAUCUCAACAUUGCUGGCAGAUCUGGUGUAAUGCUUCUCGAUCCAGGGUAUCAUGUAGCACGGGUUAUUACUGUCAUGGCUGAUGGUCUCUAUCCUCACACAGGUUGGUUUGUGCAGUCAGAUGAACCUCAUUGCCGAAAAGAAUACAACUAUACGCUGACCGCUGAUGGAAAAUACGUUGUUUGGUGUAAUCGUGAAACUCGAAAUAACUUGGAAGAGAAUUCCUUGGCGUUGAUAUACGUUGCAAGGCCUUUCCUGAGUCCUAUAGAAGUCACAGAGCGCAGAAAUCUUGUUUACAACUUCAGGAGCCUCUUAGCCCGUGACACAAAAGGACAUUUGAUAGCUGGCUUUUACUUAAAAGUUGAAUGUUCAAAUCAACCGGCUGUCACAAUUUUCCAUCAAAACGGAAAUUCAACAAAAAGGAAAAAAGUUACAUUUGAAGACUUAUUAAAACCUGAAGCAACGGAAGAGGUUCAGAGCAUCAUUCACAUCUGCAAUCAACAGUUAGGAAUGCCAGAAGGGCAUCUUCAGAUCAUCCUUGCCAACCUCGCCAUUAUACUGGCAGACUCUGAUUUCAUCUCUCAACUUUUGGGCAUCAAUCGAGACAUCUACGAAAUGUCUUGCAACAACUAGGCUCUGCGUCUCCGGUGCCUGGCAUCGCCAGGCAGCCGGGGACAUUCUCGAUCAUCCCUGCCCGCGGGCCUCGUCUGGAAAUUCAUCUUAUUUUACAGUCUAGCCUCUAUAAUACUUUUCUUAACUUUUUGUUUCUGGACUUGAUUGAAAUGCUUUUAGUUCCGACUUUUAAUGUAGGAAACAUCAUUUCUUAUACAUUAUUGCAUUCAUUAUGAAUCUUCAUUGUGUUAUGAAUGGUUCUAGGCAAUCAACUGCAAGAAUUGUGCAAACCAAGUCUAUAUGUAUGAAAGAUAAAAUAUAAUACAUGAAUGAGAGAGAAAAUCGCAUCCCAGUUGAUUGAAAGGUUCCAUUCCAAUUAUUUGAUUUAUGUAGUUGCAUAUUUUGUACAUACUUGUAUUAGAAGUGCGUUACAAACAUUUACAUUUUGUUUAUAUAUCAUAUUACUAUUAUGUUUGGAGAUGGUAUGGUAAUGAAUUCCAUUUAACUAAACAUUAGUUUUCAUUUAGUAAACAAUUAUUCUUAAAAUUCACUAGACUUUACAUCCAUUUUUAUUUUAUAAUAAUCUCCUGGAUUUACUCUGCAUGAUAUACAUAUAUGUUAAACAACAUUUUGUCAUUUUUCAUAAUACUUGUUUAUGCUUCCGUAAAGAUCUGUAUUUAAAAGUUAGGUUACAAAAAUAUAUGAGUUUCAAGAA